GUUACAAAAUUUCAGCUGUAGCCUAUUAGAUAAUCCAAUGAUAUGAACAAUCCAUGGCGGGAAAUCGGCUUUAUCAGCAAGCAAAGGUCAAAGAAGCAUUUGAAAAUCAUUCGGAUCAAGAAACGCAUUGCCAAGUCAAAGAAAACCUUUAAGCUAAGACAAAAGGACUUGAUUCAUCUUCACUUAAGGAAUCGCAUCAAGUAUUUAAUUAUCGAACAUCUGGAAUACAGAUUAGCAGAUAGUAAAACUAAGAGGAAAAUACAGAAAAAGAAGAAAGUAGAAUAAAAUAAAUGGGGAAAUUAUGUAAUAUCGGUCGCUUUAAACUAUCAUCAAAAAUUAAUUACGAGGACUAUCCAAUUACGGUCAACCUUAAAAAUAGAUAAUCACGAAAUUACCGCUUAUCUUAUUUCUAAAAAUAUUUUACACUAAAUUAGGCAAUUUUCAAAUCAAAGCCAAUUCAAAGCCAUAGAUGAGCGCCAAAUCAAUUUCCUUGUUUGCCACUCCAUUCGGAUUAUAAAAAUUUGAAAUAAAGUUUGGCUGGGCAGCGUCCACAAAAUCAUUUUCAAACCGAGUUCAAUAAAAAUCAAAGCCACUGAAGAAGCAUCGCAUUGGAUACUCGUUCUCAGCCCAAUGGAAAGUUGCACAGCAUUAAUAAAUAUUUACAGGCACGUCGCGUCCUCUUCAAUGGAAUGGCCUACUGGGCAGUUCCAGUCUCAGUUCUGGCAAUGAAAUCAAAUCAAAUAUGCGCGCUGACGCUUUAUAUAUCGCACCGAGGAGCCAGCAGCAGCAGCAGCGUCGUUUGCUUUGGUGUGCUCACAAGAAUUUAAAUCAUCCGACUUACAUGCUACUUACAAGCCAAAGCGCCUAUAUGUAUGCCCCAUAAAAUGCGAGCAAGACCGAGUGCAGAAUGGGCAAGUGGAAAAAUGUCAGACAGAUCACUGAAAAAAAAAUGUUUAUAAUCUUGUACUAAGAAAAAAUUAACGAAUUCUUAAAAGUGCAAUAAUUAGACUGGAAUUAAGAGAUCAUGUUUUCAGCAUAUAAAUAUAAAUUCCUAGUCUAAUUAUUUUACUUUUAGGAUUUUCUAA